AUGGCCCUCAAAAACAGCUACGCCAUCGCCACCCCCCUCAACAUCUCCAUCUUCCUCAUUCUCCUGACCAUUGUAUACCUCCGCCUCCGACCCAGCGAACCGCCGAAGCUCCCACAGGGCCCGAAACCGAUCGUUUUCCAAACCUUCACCCCACGCACUCUGCUCAAAUACAACGGCCAGGACAACAGCCCCGUCUACCUCGCCGUGCGUGGGAAGGUCUACGACGUGAGCAGCGGGCGCAACUUCUACGGACCGGGCGGGCCGUAUGAGAAUUUUGCCGGGAGGGACGCGACGAGGGGGUUGGCGUGUCAGAGCUUCGACGAGGAUAUGUUGACAAAAGACCUUGAUGGGCCGUUGGACGACUGUGCAGAUCUGUCGCCAGAUCAGCUCGAGAAUCUCAAUGGUUGGAUCGAACGGUUUGAUGAGAAGUAUCUCAUCGUGGGUAAAUUGGUGCCGUUCAAGAAGACCGACUUCCACUAG